CUAAGGGGACGGAAGUUGACAGUAAUACUCACAGUGCAGGCUUUCUAUAGAUCUAGGAGCCUCCACUACAUCUCCUGCCAUAGAGAAAAUGAGGAUUUCUGGGCCAAGGGUUUGGAAGGUGCCAGCAAAGCUGAUUCUUCUCUGUGCUACCCUGGGAUAUCUCAGUGUGCUGGGCUCCAGAGGUGAAAGGCCACAAUCUCUUGAAUCAAAUACAGUCAAUGAGAGCUUUGUUAAGAGUAGACGAACUCGGAGCUUGGAUGUCACACCAAAGCCUAUUGAUUGUGAGCUCUCUAGCUGGUCUUCCUGGACCACAUGUGAUCCCUGUCAGAAGAAAAAGUACAGACAUGCCUACUUGCUGCGGCCCUCUCAGUAUUAUGGGGAACCCUGCAACCUCUCUGACAAGGAAGUCGAAGACUGUGUUACCAGCAGACCAUGCAGAAAUCAAAUACGUUGUGAAGGCUUUGUGUGUGCACAAACAGGACGAUGCGUGAACCGAAGACUUCUUUGCAAUGGGGACAAUGACUGUGGAGACCAGUCAGAUGAAGGAAAUUGCAGACGGAUUAAUAAAAAAUGUCAAAAUGAAAUGGAGCAAUAUUGGGCAAUUGGCAGGCUGGCCAGUGGUAUAAAUUUGUUCACAAAGAGUUUGGAGGGCCCCGUUCUCGACCACAGGUAUUAUGCUGGUGGAUGCUCCCCCCAUUAUAUACUGAACACAAGGUUUAGGAAGCCGUACAAUGUGGAAAACUACACCCCCCAGACCCAAGGCAAAUAUGAAUUUGUGCUGAAUGAAUAUGAAGCCUACUCAGAUUUUGAACAUAAUGUCACAAAGAAAACAUUUAGCCAGUCUAGUUUCAGCUUUGGCUUCAAAAUACCUGGAAUAUUUGAACUCGGCAUUAGCGAAGCAAGUGCUAAUGGCAGACAUUUUGCUAGCAGAACCAAACGAUUUUCUCAUACUAAAAGCAGAUUUCUGCACGCGCGCUCUGACCUUGAAGUAGCACAUUACAAACUCAAACCUCGAAGCCUCAUGCUUCACUACGAAUUCCUUCAGAGAGUCAAGCGUCUGCCCCUGGAGUACAGCUAUGGGGAGUACAGAGAUCUCUUCCGAGACUUUGGGACCCAUUACAUCACAGAGGCUGUGCUUGGGGGCAUUUAUGAAUAUACACUCAUCAUGAACAAGGAGGCCAUGGAAAGAGCAGAUUACUCACUCAGGGACGUCCAGGUCUGUGCCCAGCAUGGUUUUAAGAUCGGCGCUGCCAUUAAAGCAGUCUAUGUCAAGCUGGGUGUGUCAGAGGCCACAUGUAAAGGAAUUCUGAAGGAAAUAGAAGACAGAAACACGAGAGAUACCAUGGUGGAAGACUUAGUGGUUCUUGUGCGAGGAGGGGUAAGUGAAUACAUCACUGCCCUGGCUUACAAGGAGCUGCCGACAGCAGAUCUGAUGCAGGAGUGGGGAGACGCUGUGCACUACAACCCGGACAUCGUCAAAGUUAAGGUGGAGCCCCUAUAUGAACUGGUGACAGCCACAGACUUUGCCUACUCCAGCACUGUGAGGCAAAACAUGAAGCAGGCCCUGGAGGAGUUCCAGAAGGAAGUCAGCUCCUGUCACUGUGCUCCCUGUCAAGGGAAUGGAGUCCCUAUCCUGAAAGAAUCUCACUGUGACUGUAUCUGUCCCGCUGGAUUCCAAGGAUCUGCCUGUGAGAUCACCAGUCGGACCGAUGUUCCCACUGAUGGGAGGUGGAAUUGCUGGUCAAAUUGGUCUCCGUGUUCUGGAGGACAUAAAACAAGACAAAGGCAAUGCAACAAUCCACCUCCUCAAAAGGGGGGUAGUCCAUGUUCUGGUCGUGCUUCAGAAACACUUAACUGUUGAGAAAAGAUAGAUCCUAGCAGAUGGUGCAGUGGUGAGUUAUACACAUAGAGCUGUGAGCCCUUAGGAACUCAGGCUAAUCUCACUCCCAUACCAGUACUCACCUGUGACUAGCCCAAGGGUGGAAAGCGGUGCCAUCUGGGAUGUUUAACAUAAAGAUGCUAUUUGUAAAAUGCACACUGAUUUGAACAUAGGCUUAAGCAGAAAUUAGAGCUUCCUUAAGAGCACAAGUAUGUUGGUGAUUUUCAGUUUGCUUGCUUACCUCUAAAUUAUAUAUUGCUAGCUAACAUUGGGAGUUUUUCAUCCAAAGAUCUACUGUCUAGUGGCCUGAAAACUGGCACAGUAAAGUACUGUUGGACUUUCA